AAAUAUACUGCGGAUUUGCUGUGUUUCAGGUCAUAACUACGAUUUAUGAUUAACAAAGUUCUAACCCUGAAAACAACACAGGAACGUGGUAGGUUUGGAAAAACUGUGGUGAAAAUUUUCACUACUGCGAAUUUUGACAUUUCCUAUAAAAAAUAUAAAUAAAUAAAAGAAAUUUGGAAUAGAGGGCAAAGGCGAAGAAAAAGGUAAAAGUCACAAGCACAGGAAAGUGGUAAAUCAAUGCUUUUCCAUCAGCAAUUAAUUCAAUUUGUGAGCGGAGCAGUAUCCAAAAACUUUGUCCGCUUCAACAGACGGUCGCUGAGAAUGUCCUCAAAUUAUGUACCCAAGGUUAUUGCAAUCGGGCAGAUGUGUGCCACAAAUGAUAAAGAUAACAAUAUGCGGCAAGUCGAAGAGUUAUUUGUGAAGGCGAAAGGACAAUCUGCCACAAUUCUAUUCUUGCCGGAAUGUUGUGAUUUCGUUGGGGAACAUCGGAAGCAAACACUGGAGUUGUCAGAACCUUUGACCGGUGCGACCAUGAAUCAAUACAAAGAGUUGGCUAAAAGUUAUAAAAUGUGGUUAUCCUUGGGUGGCAUACACGAAUCCAUACUCGAUAAAAGUGGAGAUAAAACCGAUAAAAUAUACAACACACAUGUGUUGUUGAACGAUCUCGGUGAAGUGGUGAGCUUCUACCGAAAAUUACAUCUCUUUGAUGUUGAAACAGAUGAAAUGCGUUUUCGGGAAUCUGACGUCGUUACUCCGGGCUCACAGCUGGUUCCACCUGUUAACACACCUUUUGGCAUGAUAGGUAUGCAAAUCUGUUAUGAUUUACGAUUCGGUGAGGCCAGUUACCUUUUACGUAAAUCUGGAGCGCAGAUACUAACAUUUCCCUCUGCAUUCGCUUACUCAACGGGCAAGGCACAUUGGGAAAUUCUUUUACGUGCACGCGCUAUUGAGAAUCAAUGCUAUGUUGUCGCUGCUGCACAAAUUGGUGCACAUAACUCUAAACGUACCAGUUGGGGCCACGCUUUGGUAGUUGACCCCUGGGGCAGAGUGCUUGCUAAUUGCGAAAAGGAAGAACUAACGGUGGCAACAGCGGAAAUUGAUCUAGUCAAAAAUAUAUCUGUGCAAAAGAAUAUGCCUGUGUUUCACCACAAACGAAAUGAUAUUUAUUCGUUAACAGCUUUUGGUAUGGGAGCAAUAGAUAUUCUGGAGGAUCGAAAAUUUGCAAAUAACACAAUACGUAAAGAAACAAUUUUUUACGAAACAGAGCACAGUUUUGCAUUCACUAAUUUGCGCUGUGUAGUGGAGGGUCACGUUUUGGUCUCCACUAAACGUGUUACAAAACGUUUGGACAGCUUGCUAUGUGACGAAAUUUGUGACCUAUUUUCCACAGUCUGUAAAAUACAGCGUAUGUUAGAGAAUUUCUAUAAAACAACAUCCGCAACGGUCACCGUUCAGGAUGGACCUGAUGCUGGCCAAACGGUGCCACAUGUACAUUUCCACAUUAUGCCUCGACGACCAGGGGAUUUCAGCGAAAAUGAUCACAUUUACACACGUAUGGACGAUCGUUGCUUGGACCAACCAGACCGCACCAUAGAUGAGCGUAUAGCAGAAGCGCAGAAGUAUCGUGAUUUUAUAAAGGAUCAAUAAUAAUGUAGUACAUAUGUACAUAAGUAUGUAUGUAUAUAGUAGCCAAAUUUGUACAAUAGGUAUAAUAAUUUGUUAAAUUGUUUUAAGGUAUCAACAUAUGAGCCGUUUAUUUGAAAGUAGCUUAAGUCAUUUCACCCCUCUUUUGGAUAAAUGGUUGUUUACUUCGAAACUAGAGUAUCUGUAAAUCAUUAUACCUACCGCCAUAAACUAAGGACAGAACUUGUUACAUUUGGCAGAUAAGUUGAACGAAUAACAUACGGAUUCAGAAACAAGAAGUGAUCACUGAAGUCAAACGGCAUGAAAUGACUUAUACCGCUUUCAAAAUAAACGGCUCAUAUGUAUGUGUGUAUAUUAAAACUUUUAAAUAAAAAUUUUCAAAUUCCGUAUAUACUUGGUAUAUA